GGUGGGGAAAUUGGGAAUAUAUAAUUUUUAAUCAAUCUUAAAUAUUAUUUUCCUCAUAUUACUACAAAAUUUUUCCACUCAACAACAUCUAUAUAUAAAGCGAAGCCAUAGCACUGGAAGUUACAAUUAUAUCUUCAUUGGAAAGUUUGGGAGAAAUUUUUUUUUUAAAAAGGCAAAAAAGAGCCAAAACAUUGAUAUGUCGCAAAUACGAGUGACGAUGGAGGUCGGAGACGACGGCGUUGCGGUUAUCACCAUCUUCAAUCCUCCCCUGAACACCAUGGCUGUUCCAAUAAUUGCGGGAUUGAUGGAGAAAUUUGAUGAGGUUUCGAGGAGAAACGAUGUUAAAGCUGCUGUUUUAACCGGCAGUGGAGGAAAGUUUUGUGGUGGUUUGGAUCUCAAUCUUAUUCAGAAAGUUCACUUAACCGGUGAUGUAUCUUUGGUGCCUCAUGCAUCCGUUGAUCUUGCCCUUACUGCUAUCGAAGAUUGCAAGAAGCCUAUUGUGGCAGCUAUUAAAGGAUUGGCUCUUGGAGGUGGCUUAGAAUUGGCGAUGGGUUGCCAUGCACGUAUUGCUACUCCUAAAGCUCAACUUGCCUUGCCUGAAUUGUCGCUUGGACUGAUUCCUGGGCUUGGAGGCACACAACGUCUUCCAAGGCUUGUUGGGCUAUCAAAGGCUAUUGAAAUGUUGAUGUCAUCGAAACCAAUCCUGUCUGAAGAAGGAAAGAAACUGUGUCUUAUUGAUACUAUUGCUCCUUCAGAAGAGUUGCUCAAAGUUUCUCGCAAAUGUGCUUUAGACAUUGCAGAGAGACGUAAACCAUGGGUGAAAUCCCUUCAAAGGACAGACAAGAUUGGAUCCCUAUCUGAAGCACAAGAGGUGUUAAGAUUUGCUAGACAUCAAGCCAAAAGGACUGCCCCAAAUUCAUCUCUGCAUCAAGCAUGCCUAGAUGUAAUUGAGGAAGGGAUUCUCCAUGGAGGAUAUAAAGGACUUUUAAAGGAGGACAAAGUUUUUAGGGAGAUAGUCCUUUCAGACAUUUCAAAAGGCCUUGUUCAUCUGUUCUUUGCCCAGCGUGCUACUUCAAAGGUGCCAAAGGUUACUGAUGUUGGUCUAAAACCCAGGCAAAUAAAGAAAGUUGGUGUUAUUGGUGGAGGCCUAAUGGGUUGUGGGAUAGCCACGGCUCUUAUUGUCAGCAAUAUAUGUGUCCUUCUCAAGGAACUCAACUCUGAUUAUCUCCUUAAGGGAAUAAAGAGGAUUCAAGCAAAUGUUGGAGGUUUAGUUACAAGAGGAAAAUUAACAAAGGAUAAAGCGGAGAAAGCUCUCUCAAUCCUUAAAGGAGUAUUAGAUUACUCUGAAUUUAAAGAUGUAGAUAUGGUCAUAGAGGCUGCGAUUGAAAAUGUUGGUUUAAAGCAAAAAAUAUUUAGUGAGAUAGAGAAAGCAUGCCCUCCUCACUGUAUUUUGGCCACAAACACAUCCACUAUUGACCUCAAUUUAAUUGCAGACGAUCGUGUUAUAGGAGCUCAUUUUUUCAGCCCUGCACAUGUGAUGCCUCUUUUGGAGAUUGUAAGAACACAAAAAACUUCCCCGCAAGUUAUUCUUGAUCUUAUGACAAUUGGGAAAGUGAUAAACAAAGUUCCCGUCGUGGUCGGUAACUGCACCGGUUUUGCGGUCAACCGGACAUUCUUCCCCUACACGCAAGGUGCACAUUUAUUGGUCAAUUUAGGUGUCGACUUGUUCAGAAUCGAAGGGGUGAUCACCAACUUUGGCCUUCCUAUGGGUCCUUUCCAGCUUCAAGAUGUAUCUGGUUACGGAGUUUUCUUAGCAGUUUGGAAAGAAUUUGCAAAGGCAUUUCCAGAUCGAGUAUUCAUGUCUCCAUUGAUUGAGCUUUUCAUGAAAAAUGGACGAAAUGGGAAAAUCAAUGGGAAAGGAUACUAUAUUUAUGAGAAAGGAAGCAAGCCAAAACCUGAUCCUUCUAUAUUACCUAUUAUUGAGGAGUGUCGACGGCAAACCAAGCUUAUGCCUGCCGGAAAGCCUAUAACAAUUUCUGAUAAAGAAAUCCUAGAGAUGGUGCUGUUCCCAGUAGUUAAUGAGGCAUGUCGAGUUCUGGAUGAAGAAGUAGUGGUUCGAGCAUCAGACCUUGAUACUACAUCUGUUCUUGGAAUGAGCUUCCCAUCUCACCGUGGUGGAAUAGUGUUUUGGGCAGAUACGGUUGGAGCAAAUCACGUAUAUAAAAGUCUUAAAGAAUGGUCAGAGGCGUACGGUAGCUUCUAUAAACCAUCAAAGUAUUUGGAAGAAAGAGCCAUUAAAGGCAUCCCAUUGAGUGCAGCAGCAACUUCAUCUCCAUCAUCAAAGUCGAGGCUUUGAGGCUAAUAAAUAAUAAAGCAAUAGGCCGCGGUAAGCCCCGUGCGAUUGACGAUGCUCCGACUGGUGCCGUUGGAGCUUUAGGGGGUCAAUUUGUAAAAGGCAAGAGAGUCUUUGUAAUUUUGCAAUUUUGAUGUUUAAUAAUAAAAAAUUAUUUACUACAAAA